UUGUAUGAUUUCAUAAUGUCCUAUAUCUCAUUAGACAUCAGUGUAGUAGAGCAUGUAUAAAUCGAUUAUCAUCAAUAUUGUCUCUUAACCUCUAAGAAAAUUAAAUCGGUCUUACCAAGAGGCCCAUUUGGGUCCACGUUGAUCUCCAUCAGGUGAAUCUGUGGAGCUUGAGCUCUUCAUCAGACCUGUAACAUUGUCGGUCCAUAGAGAAGAAAUCAGAGUUUUAAAAGAGAAGCAACAUUAUACUCUGCCUCUGUGUGGAGCUACAGGGUAAGUAUCACUAUCUCUGCUCUGCUUGAGAGCUGCUAUUGGUCCCUCUCAACUGGCUGCUGAAUAGAGCACUCGUAUAAACUCAGAGCAGAGGAAAGUAAAUAGUUCUUUGGAUAGCCUAUGACUGACACAUUUGACACGCUUUGGGUGGAGCAGGGGUGCGGGGAGUUAGAGACAGAAAAGGAAUGCAUAAUUUUUAUGAUACAUGUAUAUUAGAGGCCAUCCUUUCCUGGCCAAAUGAUUAAUGAGCUCAAUUUCAUCUAUAAAUCUAAGUUGUACCAAAAAUGGAAAUUCAAGACAUGUCACGUAUAUGUUAAUAUGUUAUUUAACCAUUCGAUUAUGUGCAGAACCUGUAUAUUACAUUUGCUUACUAUACAUUAAUGCAUAGAAUACUUUAACGUAAAUAAUUUUGUUAAAUAAACAACCAGCUGAUGAAAAUGUGAGAUUACCUGAAUAUUACCUGAAUCAGAUUAAAUGAGUACUGACAUGGAUAUUCAGUGUCAUGCUGAAAUACUUGAAAUCUGAUCAUAUCCUUAUCAUCUAAAGUUAACAGAUCUAAUGGCAUCAGCGAGCGGGUUUCCUGCCAGCUUCUACAGUGAGCCUGGUGUGCUUGGCUUUUUGGCCAAUGGCAUAAGCGCAUUCUUAGUACUUCUGCAGAACUUCCACGGGGCCAGAACUGGUAUUCCAGCGUUUGGAGUAGAGAACAUCCUUGCAGGUGUUCAUCUGAUUUUAAUUGGUGGAGUGUGCCAAAUGAUUGCUGGUUUGCUGUCCUUCCGUAAAUACGAUCAUCUUAGUGGCACUUCUUUCAUUGGCUAUGCAGCACUUUGGGGAAGUUAUGGUGCAACGAGAAUAUUUCUAGGAGCAAAUCAGCACAACAUAAACAGCACCAUGAAUAAUAGUACACUGGGGAACCUUUACUUAAAUGCUUCAGUCAAUGAGACAUACAUCAGGGAGUCAGCCAUAGCUGGGCUGGUGCCCUAUAUCUUGCUCUCCUUACUGUUGGCAUUCUGCUCAGCCACAGUUAAUUACAUUAUGCCCUUUGUGUUUGGGUCCAUCACCCUCACACUGGUUUUUGAAGCUGUGGGGCUAGUGGCUGGCUGGGCUCUUGUGGUAUCAGGAGUACUAGAGCUUCUCAUCUUGCUCUUUGCCAUAUAUGGAUCAGCAGCACUUCUCAUCAAAGGAGUGGCCCAACGCUAUGUACUCAAGGGUUUUGGUAACCCUCUCUUUAAUGUGCUGCUUCUUGGGACAACCAAUGCCAGUAGCUCCAAGAGUUUAGGUCAGGAGAAAAAGAAGAACACCAAAUAUGCUGAACCCAUGGCCUUAGGCUUCUUCUGUGAUACUGUAUCACCAUUCAUAUUUGCCUUCUAUGCCUUUGGGUACUUCCCAUCAAUCACAGUAUCUGCAAUCUGGAUAUCCAUCAACUCUGCUGCCCAGCUCCUCUCAAGUUAUUAUGCUUAUUUGCGCCAAGAUUGCUACCAUGCCACCAAAUUUGGUCUGCACUGCACCUUCUGGCUUGUCAAGACCUGGGAAGAGUAUGUGAUAUCUGUAGUGACUACAAGGAGUGAAGCAGCUACAGCAAGGCAAGCAAUGGUGGGUAACUGGUUUUUCCUAGCAGCGGCUCUAGUCCUCUGUGUCGCCAGUCUGAACAUGGACAUGCUGGAGUUGGUCCACAAUGGUGUCUUCUUCCUGCUGACUAUCUCAACAAUCUCCCAGAUUCCUCUUGAUGGUUACUACAUCUUUUUUGGAGUGGCUUGCUCUAUCUUCACUGCUGUCUCGUUAUACGGCACCUUCGCACGUCUAAUUAACACCAUUGCUGAGAAGUCACUAAUUCCAGUUGGACCCCAGCCUAUCUCAACUGACAGACUGCAGAAUGGCCUUGGUUGUCUAAGGAAGUCUCAAAAGGAGCAACAACAAGGAAUGGGUACCCAACUGCCUGAUGCUCUGUUUUACCUCGCCAAUGGAGUGGCAGCUCUCUCAGCCAUUCAGAACAGCCAGCCCCAACGGAGUUUUCUGGACCUGACAGUACCAUGGGUGCUCAUCCCAGGGGCCAUCAUCCAGGGUUACAAUAAUUAUAAGAAGAAAAAAGCUGCUGCUACAGCUCCAUGUCCAACUCUAUCCUCUCGUGGGACCAGUGGGCUCCUGCAGAUUGCCAAAUUGCUGGAAAACAAUGGAGUGUGUGGUGUUCCAACAGAUACCGUCUAUGUUCUGGCUGCUUCUUGCAAGAAUCCAAGUGCUAUAGAAAAAAUCUACAAUAUUAAAGUGUGGAGGCUGCGUAUGAUCAUGUGGGGACCAAGGACAGCAUAA